GCAUCAGUUUGUUGCGUAUGGAGCUGCAUAGCUGCAGACCAGUCAGAGUGCCAAAGAUGCCUAUCCAGGAACAUGUUGUACUUGGUGAAAUCGUGUUCACCCCAGCAUGCUUGGGAACUCCUUCAAAACUGAAAAUAUAAACAUAGUUUUAGUAACUACUCAAAGUCCCAUAUUUCCCUUUGUGGUCAUCAUUAGUUUUGAUGACCUCACUAUUAUUCUAAACAGUGGACAAUCCAAUAGUAGGCUAAUAUUAAAGAAUGAGUAGGUGUGUUUUAAACCAGAUAACAUCUGCUAGUAAUCACAAACAUAACACUUCUCUGUCAAGAGAGCAAGGCAACAAUCGUUAAUUGUCAGAUUUUAAAAAGAGAGCAGGAAGGGCUGUCCCUAACGCCUACAUUUAUACAUUGAAUGAACCCUCUGUUGUUUCUGCAUUCCAAUGAAUAUGAAACAGCUUGAAAGCAAUCUGGGAGACCACACAUUAUCGUUCUCAAAGCACUUCAUGUCAACGGCAGUGCUAAAGUCAGCAGAAGGUCACCACUGUUUUUGCAACCAAGCUCAAGUCUUUCACCUUUGUGCCACUUCUAAAAAGACUGCCUGUGGAGAACAGGGUCUGGAAAAAGGUACUUCAGACAGGCAGACCAAACAAGACUUCACAAGAGCCAGGGGACUUUGAGAAGAGCAUGGCAGAAGAGGGUGUCUAUAAGGCUGAGGUUAUUUACGUCCAAGACCCUGAAGAGGGCCAGCUUGGAGAAACGCUCAAGAACACCACUAAAAGUGAGAUUCAGUCAACUGACAAUUUAACCCUUAAACCACUCACCACCCAAGUUGAUCCUCACGCAGAAUUUGGUAGCAUAACCCCUGAGCCUAGCCCUGCCAUGGAAACUGUUAACAAACACCCUGGCAUUUCUCAUCUAGGAUUUCACAACACUUCACUGGCUGCUGAGGUCAGCUCAGGUCUGUUUUUAAAUAGCUCAUCCCAGAGAGAAGAGGUCCUUAGCCCUGCCAGCUCCAUGGAUUUUCUCACAUCCCCUGCUUCUUCUAAGGAGUCUAUUCUCUCCGAGGGCUGGGACAAGGAGAGGAGCUGGUCAGCACUCCACAUGUUCUCACAUGAUGGUUCUCCCGGUCCCCUUAGUCGCACAGUUUCCCCGUGUUCCUCCAUAAGAUCAGGGACCUUCACACCCUCUGUGGUGAGAAUCAAGCGGCACUCUUUGGCUCCGGGCUCCAGUUUGCUGCAGAUGUCGUCCGCUUGCGUAACACCCUGCUGUGACAGUCGGGCAACCUCACCCUGUCCUCUUUCGCCCCGUGCCCGACACAGGACUCCUCCAACCCAACUCUCCUUGCUAACGGCCAUCCUCAGGAAAGGCCGUCUCCCUGUCCUGUCCUCUUAUUCUCAAAGACCUUACACGCCCUGCUGGCCCAUCAGUCCAGUUAACAUGUCCUCCUGUUUAGCGUGCUCAGCUGCCUCUUCUGUUGCACCCAUGAACAUGCCCAAAGCAAAGUCUUGUACCUCCAUAGAUAGACCCUGUUCUAAGUCUUGCCAGAUUUUAAAGCCACUUUUAAAGCCACAGCUUUGGAAACCAGAGCUGGUCGAGGCACCUGACGAAACCCCACUGACGAAACCACCAGAAAGUCUUGACUCGUGCCAUUUCACCAGUACUAGUAGCAUCGUCUUGCCUACAAGUCACACCCUUUCACCAAGCUUACCUGCAGUCCAGGCUCACCUCUCUAAAUCAGGUCCCAAGGCAAAUCGUUUGCCAACAGUUCCUAGCUCUCUUUUGUGUAGCUCCUACUCCCGCAUAAGGUCCUCAUCUCCUAAAUCAAGCUCUCUGUCAUGUUCCAGCAAUGAGAACCAUAAACAUGCAUCCAUGUCAGGGGAAUGCCUGGUAUCUAUGGAUCCAAAUAAGCCAGCUGAAUCUUUAACAUCCUUAAUACAUAAAGAUGAAACAAAACCCCAUGAUAGGUCAGAAAAAUAUUCAUUGCCACUAAAACAGAGUCAGAAAUCAUCUGAGGUCUCCAACGAACUAUAUCUGAAACAUACAGGAAGUCCAUCUGACAAUUCGGACUCCUUGGUACCAAAACCCGCUCAAAGUUCAUGUAAAUCUCCCGCCUUUCCUACUCCGAAACACUCUUUUGAAGCACAAAGUAAUUCCAUAUCUCCAGUUUUAAGCCACAAAGAUAAUAAACAAAGUACUCUUUUCCAAAAUGGUCGCAAAAAUGAUGUCGAAAGAGUGCACCUAUCAUCCCCGACUCCCUCUCCUAGACCCAUGGGUCUCACCCGCCUAACCUAUACACCUCCAGCCUCUCCUGCUUGUCCUGCAGUCCACCCAAACUCUCGGUCCUCCACCCCAGAUCGCAGCACCCUUUCACCCUCCCCAGCAGUCCCAAGCCGCCAGCUUUCACCCUCACCCUCAUACUCCUUCUGUUCAUCACCCUCUCCAUCCCUAUGGGGCAGCACACCAGACUGCGCAGAUGGGGACUGUAAAAAUAGGAAGCCAUACAAGAUCAAAUCCACCUACAAGGCACUCGCUGCUAUUCCUACAAAUACUCUGCUCCUGGAACAGCAGGCUAUAGAUGAAGAGGUCAACAAGAAAGAGGCUUUGCUCAAUCCUGCGGACAACUAUUCUUGGGAGGAUCCACACACAGAGAUGUGCUCUCCUGCGCAGCUGCGUCAGCAGUCCGCAGAACUGUACGCAACCAUUGAUGAAGUCCUUGAGGACACGAUCCAAAAGCGUCAAUCAGACCAUGUGAACAAAGCCAGUAUGAAGUCUUUGGCAGUGGAGACGUCAAGGUCACAGACGUCAUCACCAUCUCCAAAACUGUUGGGACGGGAAACAAGAUAUGCAAGCUCUCCUUUUCAACCCUCUGUAACUACUGAAAAAACACUGACAAAGCCUGGAGUUAUUAGACCACUCACUGCAACAUUCAGAGUUGCAGAUGAUAAACAACAUGACGACGAAUUCCACCCAAAUCCUUUCAAGAACCUUCAAGAGAACAAAUCCAGUCGUUACCAGUACAAGUUUGUCAGCAGUGCAUGUGGUGAAACCCAAGCAGAUGGUCGAGGAGCUUCGGACCAGCAGUCAGCUUGUGGAGAGCGACAAGGAGACUGUAAAACCAGACUGACAUCUCUGAUCACGCAGACCAGGAUCUCCACACAAGAUGUUCCUCCCUCCAUCAACACCCAGGAGACACACAUAUGAUGCCAACAAAGGAGCCUGAUCUGAUUGUAACUGUGACUAGACAUAAAAAUGACUCUUCAAUGGAGCACACGUCCAGCAUCUUAAAAACUAUUCAAUCCACAAUUAAAGGUGCACAAAGUCAUUUUUGUCUAAAUGAAUGAAUAGUAAAAUGAUGUAUGGUGACGUGAGCUCAAUAAUCAGUUGAAGUGGACUUUCCCUUCAUGGUGGGAAAUCAAAAGGCAAUUUGACAUUAUUGACAAAAACUCUAAUACUCUCCAGAGAACAAUAUCAGAACCUCAUCAAGAAUGUGUCAAGAAUGUGGAAUUUCAUCCCAAAAUCAAAUCAGAAAAUAUGUUUUGCUGACAGAAAUUUGUAAAAAAACAAACAAACAAAAAAUGCAUAUGAUAUUAAUGCAUUUGAACUUUGGUUACAAUUAUUUAUGAAAAGACAUAAUACAUUACAUAACCUACAUUAUGAAUACCUUUAUAAUGCAUUAUACAUAAAAGCUUCAAAUAAAGUGUAACCCAAUUUUCUUUAAGUAUCAUUAAAUAAUAACAAUAAUUAUACAAACAACAGGCUUCAAUUUUUUAAUUCAUUUUUUCUUGUUGAUUUUGCUGUAAAAUGUGGCCAUUUGAUAGCUGGGCUCAUUUCUGUAACAUUAAACCUAGAACAAGAACAACAACAACCAGUAACAAGAGCCUUUAAAGAACAGACAUGUAAUUAUUUAGUGAACUUACAGCAAUCCAGUGAAAGAGUGAUUGCUCUGAAAAUGGCCUUACUGUCCACAUCACAUCUACACUGUCGAAGUGAUAUGACGUAGCCUUUUCAAUUCAAUUAAUAAUAAAUGCCAUGUCCAAGACAUUUCUCUGUACUGUUUGAACAUAAAAUGAUACAGUUCAUAUUAUAACUUUUAUUAUCAUGCCAAUUUAUAUUGCUGUCUAGGUUCAUUGUGUUUUGACAUCCAUUUCUUACGGCUUCUUUCUCUAAGCACUCAACGCAAAAUCACCUUUCCUUGCAAAAAACCCCCCAAACAUAUUUCAUAUGUGACCUCACAAUCAAUUUUCAUUUAGAGCAAAGAAUAGGUCUGAUCAAAUAGAUUUGAUUACUUAAACCAUUUACUGCCGAUAUGCAGUUCUGUCAAAAGCCGCAUUAAUGGUGGUGCCUUGAGAAAAUCAAUAUCGGCCCAAUCAAUAUUUGUCUGUCUGAUUUUUAUACUCUAGUCCAGGGUUUCCUAACUAGGUAUCCACAAUUUCAAAUUAUAUAUAGAAUUUAUUUUAUGUACAUACAGAUGAUUAAUACAGUGACAAGAAAAGUUUGGGAAUAUAGCCUUUGAAAAUAUAUGGAUUUCUGCGUUGAUUACUCAUAAAAUGUGAUCUGAUCGUAAUUUUCACUACCAAUUAAUAGAAUAAACUAAUAACACAAAGUAAUUGUAUUUUCACAUUUUUAUUGAAUACAUUUAGUAGAGCAGGGAAAGUAAGUGAACCCUUGAAUUUAGUCAUUUGUAGAGCCUUUUUAGCAGCAAAACCUCCACCAAACAUGUUCUGUAGCUGCUUAUAAGACUUUUUGAGCCAUCAUGGAUCAUCCCUCCUCACAAAUCUGUUUCAGUUUAUCUGUAUUUCUGGGUUGUCCUGGCAGCACAGCCUUCUUUAAGCUACGUCACACCAUUUUAGUUGGCCUAAGGUCAUAAUUCAAGGGGAGAAAAAAAAAAAAAAAAACUUUUUAAACCAUUCUUUAGUUGAUGUGUGCUGUGGAUCAUUGCCCUGUUGCAUCACUCAACCUCUCUAAAGUUUGAAGUCAUGAACUGCUGUCCUGACAUUCUCCAGUAAAAUGUCUUGAUACACUUUUGAAUUGAUUGUUCCUUCAAUGAUUGUGAAGUGUCCAGGUCCUGAGGCAGCAAAGCAGCAUUAAACCAUGAUUCUCCUCCACCAUCAUUCACAGUUGGGCAGAGCUUGUGGUGUUGGUGUCCUUUUCCCUCUAAAUAAACCACUGUGAAAGCAAAUACACCUAUUCUCUUACUCUAUCAAAGACCAAAGGACGUUCACAGAUUAUAAAUUUUUUGGUGGUCAACAUGAUGUUCAGUCACACAAAGUCUACAUUUCUAUUGAUGUAAGUUUAGGCCAUAUUGACUCAGGCACACAUAGCUUGUUCAACAUGCCAAAACUAAACUAAACUAGAAAUCCAUAUAUUUUCAAAGGCUAUACUCUCAAACUUUUCUUGUCACUGUAUAAAUCAACUAUAUGUACAUAAAAUAAAUUCUAUAUAUAAUUUGAAAUUGUGGAUAUAUUUUAGUUAAUGUAAAAAGCAUUGAGUAUGACAGAAAUCACAUUGAUCAGGAGAACAUUUUUUUCUAUGUCCCCUCUAACAAAUCACUUCCUUUAGAAUAGCCAUAAAAAAAAACUUCCUGCUUAAACCUCUAGCCCAUUCUUAUGACACAUCAGGUACCUAACAUUUUAAUGUUUUUAUCAUGUUUUAAUUUGUGUCUUACUCAAAGGGAAUUUUAACAGUUUAGAUGUGUUUUAAAAAGUAAUUUUAGUCAAAGGGAAUUAUUUUUUAAUGGUUUUAAUGUUUUAACUAUAAGCCAAGAAAAUAACUGAGCCUGUGCACUGACUCAGUACAAUGACAAAUAAAGAUAAUAAAGCAAACCUA